CCGCCAUCAUAUCAUAGAAGAAGAAGUUCAUUUCCUCCACAUUCUUGCUGGUUUGUGCAUCAUGAUGGCUGCCGCCUUGAGAGGGAGUCUUGUAACAUUGGCCAAGGGCCUUACUGGCACUGGUCCGCAGUGGCAGCAGCUGGCUGCCCGGUCCCUCAGUAUGACCGCCAGUCUGGGUGGGCCUGAGGCACCUCCGGCUCGCGCCGACGCCACAUUCAAGGUCACCAUGGUGCCCGGGGACGGAGUAGGACCUGAACUGAUGACUGCCGUCAAGGAGGUGUUCAAGGCGGGUGACGUCCCAGUGGAGUUUGAGGAGUUCCACCUAAGUGAGGUGCAGCACAUGGACAGCGACGAGAAGCUGGAACAGGUGUUGGCCUCCAUGAAGACCAACAGGGUGGCCAUGAAAGGAAAGAUUAACACCCCCAUGGAGUUCAAAGGGGAGCUGGCUGGCUUUGAGAUGAAAAUUAGGCGUAGGCUGGACCUGUUUGCAAAUGUGGUCCACGUGAACAGCCUGCCCGGCUAUAGCACCCGCCACAACAACCUGGACCUGGUCAUCAUCCGGGAGCAGACUGAAGGAGAGUACAGCUCUCUGGAGCACGAGAGUGUGCCUGGGGUGAUUGAAUGUCUGAAGAUCAUCACUAGAGAGAAGUCUCGGCGCAUCGCCAAGUUUGCCUUCGACUACGCCACCAAGAAGGGUCGCAGCAAGGUCACGGCGGUCCACAAGGCCAACAUCAUGAAGCUUGCAGAUGGCCUGUUCCUACAGUGCUGUGCCGAGGUGGCAGAACUGUAUCCCAAGAUCAAAUACGAGAACAUCAUCAUAGACAACUGUUGCAUGCAGCUGGUCCAGAACCCAUACCAGUUUGACGUGCUGGUGAUGCCCAACCUCUAUGGCAACAUCAUUGACAACCUGGCCGCUGGGCUGGUCGGUGGGGCAGGAGUGGUGCCAGGAGAGAGCUACAGCGCCGAGUACGCCGUGUUUGAGACCGGAGCGCGGCACCCCUUUGCCCAGGCUGUAGGCAGGAACAUUGCCAACCCCACGGCCAUGUUGCUCAGCGCUGCCAACAUGCUCCAUCACCUCAAUCUGGAAUACCACUCCAACAUGGUGUCAGAUGCUGUCAGGAAGGUCAUCAAACAGGGCAAGGUGCGGACGCGAGACCUGGGCGGUUACAGCACAACCGGGGACUUUGUGCAAGCCGUUGUGGGGAACCUCCGCCACCGACCCAUGUACUAAAGAAGUCCCGAUCCCCUGAACACCCCACCCUGCCCUUUACCGUAAACUGGACGGACAACCAAAUAAAAUCUGGAUAUAUUGAACCCCAUAUCGCCAUAUCCCCUAAUAACUUUGCCCCACUAACUAUUUUGCUCACUUUCCCACUAAACUAACACUCCUUACGUCACUCUUGGCAGCUCUCUUCUCCUCCACUUUCUUUUCAUAUUCCUCUUUCCUCGUAAAGCGCUCAGUGUAUCCUCUUUUAUGUUUUUCUGUUCUCUCUUGCUCAAAUUCAAAUAUGCUUGAUUGGCCAAAGCAAAUAAUUAUCUGCUUUAUCGUCAUUUUUUGGUUUUUACCAAAUCGUCCAUUUAUGCUGUGGCCUUCUAUUUUCUCCCAGUCUUUUCCUUGCUGAGUCUUUCUCCAACUCUGAGCACCCCAUGCUUGGUGCCGUUUCCUGCUUCUCUCUUUUCCUCCAUGUCAGCCUGUUCUUUUGUACUACCUCUGCUGUUGGCUGCACACUUCUAUGAGCUGGUCUAGAAUCUUCUCUACUACCUCCCUGUAGUCAACUCUCUAUUUGUCGGCUACUUCUCUAGUCAACUACAGUCUCUCUUUCCCUCCACUCGCCAACUCUUCCUCCUCUCUCUAAGCUGUUUCCUUGUCUCUGCUGUGGACAAGCUUAUGAUUUUAUAUUAAAUUGAUCUCCACUAGUCCAUCUUCACAGUCCAUACUGGUUGGGCCGUGUGUUAUUCAGCAGUAUUGGUGAAGCUGGUUUCGUGCCACGAGGACAAUACACCAAUGCCAACGCGUGUGAAAUCUCUACCCCAGCACUGUAUCAAUGGAUAUCUGGCCUGCCAUUUCACAGUCCUGAGUCAUGCCAGGCAUAUACAGUACGUCGUUCAUAACCCUUUGACUCUAUGUGCAGCAUUUCCUUGGCUUGGACUAAGGCUACCAUGGUAGCAUAUGCGUACACUACCGUAGCUGUAGACUUCUGGUCAUUGCGCUAACGCUAGUUAGCAUUGGCUCUUGAAACGACCUCUAAAUUCCUUCAUUCUGCACGCAGAGGCAAAAAUGGUAUCCACGAGUUCAUCUGACUCUGGGUAAGUAGAAAAACAGCUUAAUUGCCAGAAUCUCGCAGUAUCCUUUUAACUGGCCUUUUUCAAUCACAACCUUAAUUACGUGCACAGUCAAGUCAAGACUGUUUUAGUUGCUGUAAAAACACCACUGGUUUCCACUGAGUCAUCAUAAACAUGGAAGUUUCUCACAAACACAUAUCACCACCACUGUCUUAAAGGAUGCAGGAUGUAGAGGUCACUCCUGAGAAGGGAGAACACUUUCAGCAUUUACAAUCAAUGUUUUGAUAUUGUUGCGUUAGCAGGGAUGCUAACAAGUUACCAAACGGUGAAAUUGGCUAUCUGUAGCUAGCUUCAUUUAACCUUUUAUUGAUCCAUUGUCGCUCAGCUGCAUACUCUAGUCAUCAUCAUUAGUUACUAAAAUAAUGUCUUAAUACUCUGUCCACUGUGUAUGCUGUAAAACGCACAAAAUGUUUAUCAUAGAGGUCAAUAUCUUGGUAGCUUUUUGCUGGAGUUGUGACCUUGGAGUUCCAACGUGUUUGGCUAUUCAGUCAAGCUAAGCUCUUUCAUCAUUUCAAUUUGCAAACAAACAAGCAACUGUAACCCGAGCCUACGACCAGCCUUGCCCGAGUUCGCUCUGGAAACCAAUUGAUCAUGUCAGACCAUUUACUUUUCUGGUUUUGUACUCUGUGCCAAAUGUCCAUUCAAUUAUAUAUUGGUUAUGGCGAUGAUGAUCUCAGUGGUAGCAUUUCUACUAGAGACUUAGACUGGCAUGUGUCAGUCAGUCAUUGGGACUUCAAAUGUAUUGGCUUUUGUCAUCGAGUGGUACGGUAUUAUAAAUGCUUCAAAGUGCGGUUCUUGGUACAUGUUUUUAUUUAUAAUGGUUAUGGCUACAGGACUGUGGUUAUAAUAUUGGAUCUUUGAAACAACACUCAAUAACACUCCUUCCCUGUUCACUAACUGUUAUAAUGGCUGAUGGACCUUUUGUUGUAUUAAAAUAUAUUAUCAUGGUCAAAUACUGAAGAAUAAAAUAUGGGAAAAAGUGUGUGUUUUGACCUGUGUUCUCUCAAAAGGGGUAGACUGCAUUAAACAAAAUUAAAGGCAUGAUUAAACACA